GGACAAUUGUAUAUAUAACAAACAAUCGAAGAGGCGUUCUAAUUAGGGUUGUGUGUGAAUCCGAAGCCGAAGCCUAAGCCUAAGCGCGAGAAGGGUUCCUUUAAUCAAAUCAAAUCAAUGAAAGGGAGAGGAAGGUUUGGGAUUCUUCGGGGAUGUAGUGGGAAGAAGAAUGAGAGGUGUGGGUUAUUGUCGCUGCCAGAUGAUGUGUUUGUGGACAUCCUGGCUAAGUUGCCGAGAUUGGACCUCGUCGCCUUAGCUAUGGUCUCUAGGAGACAUCGGUACGUCGCACGGUCCCAUAAACUCUGGUUGAUGAGGUAUGGAAAGGAUAGCGUCUCCUCAUAUAUGUACGUAUAUAUGCACAUGUAUCCAGAUCCAAGCCCACGGUGGUUCGUCUUCCACCCCGUGCAACGUCGCCUGAAACGGGUGGCCCAUCAGAGCUUGUGUCCUCCUGCUCCACUAGAAGGAUCCUGUUUCGUGACUAUGGAUUCGGGAAUCUAUACCAUCGGCGGACUCAUGGACGGCAAACCCACAUCGCAAGUCACGUUUUUCGAUUGUAUCAAUCACAAAGUGCACUGCGUUGCGCCCAUGAAGAUGGCUCGAAGCGGAGCAUCGGCUUGUGUGGUAAAGGACGGGAAGAAGAGGAAGAUAUAUGUGUUUGGAGGGUGCUGGGAUGAUGUCGCUGCUGAUUCCUCAAACUGGGUGGAGGUAUAUGAUAUUGAAACCAGAACUUGGGAGUUGUUGUCUGUGUCUACCCCCAAGAUGCCCCUCAAAAUCAAAGAAAGUAUGGCGCUGGACGAGAAGCAUGUCUACGCGGUGGAUGAGGAUGGUGUAAUCUUUUUUUUCUCGACUAGUAAAUGUAAGUUCUGGACAUGCGGAGUUAAAGAGUUUAACCCAGUAAACAAAAAAGAUUGGCGUUUGAUUGAUCGCACGUUAUACUGCCGUGGUAUCCGAGGGAGAAUACUGUGGCGUUCUCCAUCUGACUUGGAUUGGAAGGUAGUCAAGGGUUUGGAAGAGCUGCAGCACCAACACAUCAUCAAAUUCUGCCCCUUCAAUGUUGACAGGAUGGCCAUCCUCUGGUCCCAAGGUUUGGAGCUUUGGUUUGCUGAGGUUUCCCUCGAGAGACGCUGGGAAGACGAGGAAUUGGAGGUUUGGGGGAACAUUGAAUGGUCCGGUGCUGUUUUCUCAGACUCAUCAUUUACUGCCUUUAACUUGUUAUAUGCUGAUUCUAUCUAUGUCUGAUGAUUAUUUAUUCCCUGUACAGUACUUUGUUUUUCAAAACUUUUUUUAUCUUCUGUUUGUUUGUGUGAUUUAUAUAUAACAUUUAGACUCCACUAUCUCUUGAGCGAG